UAAGAUGCUUGUGAAAUACGUUGGUGGUACUAUACGGCGCUUUGCGCUUGAUGCGCGUCGUUACGGUGCCCAUUACACUGGUCGUUACAUCACCUCUGAGCAGUUGGAGAAGAAAGACCCUAACUGGGCCAUCGAGGAGACCAAUUUCUGUUUGGGUAAAAUAAGUGAGUUGCGUUUCAAGGACACUGACGACUUGGCUCGUCGUACAUUGCAGAUUAUGGACAGUCAAUUGAGUCGUAUGCAUACUCGUUUGCGUGAUGGUACUUGCGUCCCAUACAUGUCGGUUAGUCUUCACCAGAUGGUUGAUCGUCCAUGUCCAAAUCACGUUUUCAGUGAGAGUCCCUUAUUGAAGUGGACUUGGGACGAGGCCUACGACGAGGCUUAUGAGAACAUGUAAACAUAUCGG